UCUGGUCGUGGGGCUGGUCGUGGAGCUGGCCAUGAAACUGGCCGUGGGGCUGGCUGUCGGGCUGGCCGUCGGGCAGGCCGCUGUGCUGGCGGUCGGGCUGGCCGUCGGACUUGUCGCGGGGCUGGCAGUCGGGUUGGCCGUGGGGCAGGCCGAAAGGCUGGUCGUGGGGCUGGCAGUCGGGCUGACCGAGGGGCUGCCGGCCGUGGGGCGGGUCGUGGGGCUGGAAGUCGGGCUGGCCGUGGGACCGGCCGUGGGGCUGGCAGUCGGGUUGGCCGUGGGGCUGGCAGUCCGGUUGGCCGUAGGGCUGGCCGUGGGGCUGGCAGUCGGGCUUGCCCUGGGUCUGGCCGCAGGGCUGGCCGUCGGGCUGGCAGUCGGGCUGGCCGUCCGGCUGCUGGCAGUCGGGCUGGCUGUGGAGCUGGCCGUGGGGCUGGCCGCGGGGCCGGCCGUGGAAUUGGCGGUCGGACUGGCCACGGGGCGGGCCAACGCGCUGGCCGUCGUCAAGCGGGCCGCGGGGCUGGCAGCCGGCCAGGCAGUGGAGCUGGCAGUCAGGUUGGCCGCGGGGCUGGUCGCCAGGCUGGCCGUCGGGCUGGCCGUGGGGCUGGCAGUCGGGCUGGCCGAGUGGGCUGGCAGGCUGGCAGUCGGGCUGGCCGUGGGGCUGGCCGUGGGGCUGGCCGCGGGGCUGGCAGUCGGGCUAGCCGCGGGGCUGGCCGUCGGGCUGGCCGUCCAGCUGGCCGUGGGGCCGGCCGUGGGGCUGGCAGUCGAGCUGGCCGUGGGGCUGGCAGCCGGGCUGGCCGUCGGGCUGGCCGCGGUGCUGGCAGCCGGGCUGGCCGUGGGGCUGGCCGUGGGGCUGGCAAACGGGCUGGCCCCGGGGCUGGCCGUCGGGCUGGCCGUGGGGCUGGCCGCGGGGCCGGCCUUGGGGCUGGCAGUCGGGCGGGCCGACGGGCUGGCCGUGGGGCGGGCCGUAUGGCAGGCCGCGGGGCUGGCCGUGGGGCUGGCAAUCGGGCUGGCCGCGGGGCGGGCCAACGGGCUGGCCGUCAGGCGGGCCGCGGGGCCGGCAGUCAGGCAGGCCGUGGGGCUGGCAGUCGGGCAGCACGGGGGGCAGGCCGCCAGGGUGGCCGAGGGGCUGUCAGUCGGGCUGGCCAG